ACUCUGACUAAACUCCGCCCGAUCCGACCCACUUUUUCUGCUGCAAGGAGCAACCAGGGAGUCUUGGAACCUUCCUGUUACGUCAGCCUCCCACACCUAUCCGUCAUCUUCGGCCCCCCUUAUCAUCCGCGUCGCUGCCUUGCGCCUCGAUCAAUAUAAGAGCUGCAGCCUGGCCACUUCGACCCGGCUUCGCCUCACUCACAGAAACAGGAAUCUCUGGGACCGCCCAUGUUCCGCUUUUGGAGUUCCGACGCGAGGGGAUGCGAAAAGACGGUUGAAUCAAGUGUUUUAUCGCAAGACUCGGCUGCGCCGAUAACUGCGACGCUGCCUGGCUCGAGACUGGACCGCCCUCCCAAGCGGAGGCGGCCUAGCCUCUCCGAAGAAGCUCUUCACCUCGGCGACUGCCACGGUCAGCCGCCGACAAAACGUGCGACAGUGCAAAGUGUCUCCUUGCCGUCGCCGCAGUCUCCAUCGCCAGAGUACAAGCAGGAGGAGGAGCAGUAUGGAUCCCCACAAGACACGCUCGUGAAAGGUGAUCUCGAGACUGCAAAAGAGGCUAUCCAGUACCAGUUUGGUCUUGAAAUCCUCUUGAAACAUGACGAGUUACGGCUCAUCAACCAGGAGCUGGCGAAAUGCCAGGUCGCCCUCGAGCAACUUCGACGUUGCCACCUCAUUCCAUACCCCGUCAGCUGUCCGACCCCGGCGCAGAUGCUGGAUAUCAGUAGUGGCAAGGGCCCCGCACUGCAAAGUCGACCCGGCGAACCUGUCCCAAGAUGGGCUCCGCCUUUCGGGGUGGUUGAUGGACCUUAUGCCCGGCACUAUGCUAAGUGGCUAAUACCCGAUCCCGUGUUCGAUGGUAUCCAGCCCGAACCCCAGGGUACCCCUUAUGCAAGCCGCGCGAAGAAUACCGCCGAAGGUAGGACGACGAGGAACAGCCUCGCCGACCCGACCAGUUUUUCCAAGGGACGUCCAGUGCGUGGUAUUGGUGGCCAGAAGCUACAGUCGCUAUCCAGUGGAUACCCGCAGCAGAAGGAUAAGCAAGCGCCUUGCAUCCUCAAACGGUCGGACGGGCAGACUGUGAAACUCAUCUGCAUUGACUGUCAGAGGUGGGACUUCUCGAGCACGCAAGGCUUCAUCAACCACUGCCGUAUCGCGCAUCGGAGAGACUUCAAGAGUCACGAGGAGGCUGCUGUACACUGCGGACACCCUAUCGAGGUUGACGAGGCUGGCGGCAUUGUCGGUGAUGAAAAGCCGGCAGCCCCCUCUUCCUCCGCAGGCGCCUUUUCAGGCCUCGUUCACCCUUUUGCCCGCAACGAGCCGAUUACAGAGCAACAGGCCUACACAGCCCUUCGCUCUCGCAUCACUGCGUCGCUCAAACUCUACCAUGCCGGUAAACUACCCAACGUAAAGUCUAUACCGGGUGCCUCGGCGAAACCCUCUGCCCACUCAACUGCCAAGUCGUCAGCUCCUUUCGUCGGUGCAGUGGCGACUCCUUACCUGUCUCAGAUGUUGCAGAAGAAGGAGUUUAAGGGGAACCUCGGUGACUACGUCAGUGAUGCCAGGACCAAGUCGGGUCUGGAUGAGAUGUUUGCGCCUGGCGAGGAUUCGGAAGAUCCGGACAACUUGAGCAACUCGGACGGCGUUUCAAGCCCUGUCAAGUCGCACGCAACUGCAGCGCGGACGCCGGUAGUUAUGCGCGUGCCGGCACGUACGGUGGUCUCUCCUGUCCCACUCCCAACCAUUCCUCGCCCGACCAGCAGCAAAGGCCGCACUCACACUCCCCACUUGUCUUUCAACGGAGUUCCGGAUAAUGAUGAAGAGUCGGCGUUGUAUGAGGAGAUGGAUAUCGACCUCAGCCCCAAUACCAUGACUAGCAACAAUGCGCCGUCCCUGGUUAGUGACGACGGCGAAUAUGACGAUUCGGACGAUGGAUCGUCGUCCGAGACUAGCGACGGCACGGAAGAAGAGUCGGUUUCCGACGUGGCUGAGAUCAACAUCGACGAGGAUCAGGACCACGAUACCCCUCGGCCAAUCCGCCAUCACCGCACCAACUCUGGCACGACGGUCAAACUUCGGAAGGAUGAGGGCAAGCACGUCACGUUUGUCACCCCUAUCACAGGGAACACCGGGAAGACGAAGGGACGACGGAAGCAGAAGGCUUAAACAUAUUCG